GGCACGCCGUGUCGUCUGCUCUGAGCCAAUAAGCAGAGGAACCAUGUCGUUAGGCUUCGCCCUCGGGCUCGGCUUUCUCGCGGUUGCUGCCAACGCACUACACCCCGAGCGCAGGCCGGAUCUGGGCGAAUUUCAAGAUGAACGCAAGUGCUUCCCGUACGAGACACCGUGGUUUGCUGUGCUGAGAAACUUCGAGAGCGACCCGUACAUCGGCGGGACCGCCAAGUGCAUCCGGGUCACGCAGACGUCUCCUCUCCAGGGUGACGUCACCGAGAACGUCGUCGAGUACGGACGCACCGGAAAAGCAAGAAACAAGAUUACAUUGAUGAGCACAGAAGGGUACCACCACAAGAACCUGCUGAACGUCACCUUCCUGGACGGGCCAGAAAAGGGAUCUCACCUCCAACUGUUCAGCGUGUACUCCGAUUGCGACAAGUGCAAGGUGUACAGGAAUCCUUACGCCGGCGAGGACGCUUGCACGCUUUUCGUUCCGGCCAGCCGGGGGCGCCAGAUCGACCCUGCGUGCCAGUUCAUUUUCAACCUGCUCUGCGGCAGCGACAAGCAUUACCCCCUGCUGGACGACAGCUGCACUUUCUAAGCCAUUCACACGUCGAAGGCUUAAAUGAUACGGCUGCUAUUUCAUCGGGCGACCCU